GUAUAAAACUACAUAUCCCAUCAGGCAUUGCAAAACCAGGAACCACGCAGCCUUGUUUCUAACCAAUCGCGUUCGAUGAGCCUCACACUGAUGAGCAGUUUUGCGGGAACUUUGGAGAGGAAGAGCUGUUACAACCUGCCACUUACCCACGGAAAGUAAAAUGCCACCAAAGUCCAAGGCAGAUGGGCCGAAGAAAGCAAGAGCACCAGCCAAGAGGAAACUGGCUGAAGAAUUCCCACCUGGAGAAGUUCUGACGGAUAAUGCAAAGAAAAAAUGGAAGCUUGGAUCAGCCGUGGGGCAGGGAGGUUUUGGCCUGCUGUAUCUCGCAAAUGAAGACUCUUCAGGAUCUGUCGGCGCUGAUGCACCUUAUGUCAUUAAAGUGGAGCCCAGUGAAAACGGCCCUCUCUUCUCUGAACUGAAGUUCUACAUGCGAGCUGCCAAACCCGAUCUAAUUGGGGCCUGGAUGAAGUCAAGGAAAAUGGACUAUUUGGGAGUUCCAAAAUAUUGGGGCUCUGGUUUUCAUGAAAAAGGUGGUAAGAGGUACAGAUUUAUGGUCAUGGAUCGAUUUGGAACGGAUCUACAGAAGAAGUUUGAGGGAAAUGAAAAGAAAUUUCCAAGAAAACUGGUUCUUCAGCUGGGACUCAGACUUCUUGACAUUCUGGAGUACAUCCAUGACCAUGAAUAUGUGCAUGCAGACAUCAAAGCCUCCAACCUCCUUCUGUCUUACACCAACCCCAAUCAGGUAUAUUUAGUGGAUUAUGGAUUGGCCUACAGAUAUUCUCCAGAAGGAGUGCCAAAGGAUUACAAAGAAGACCCAAAGAGGUGUCAUGAUGGGACCAUCGAGUUCACUAGUAUUGAUGCGCACAAAGGAGUCUCCCCUUCAAGAAGAGGAGACCUGGAAAUUAUGGGCUACUGCAUGAUCCAGUGGCUUUGUGGCCGUCUACCCUGGGAGGACAAACUUCAGGACCCACUGUAUGUCAGAGACUCCAAACUCAGGUGUAGAGACAAUAUCGAUGAGUUCUUGAAAAGCUGUUUCCCCUCAGAAAAUAUACCAGAGGAAAUGAAGAAGUUCAUGCAAGAGGUCAAGGCUCUCGGAUACACAGACAAGCCAAAUUACGCAAAAUUGCGGGGAAUUUUGCUGCAAGGCCUUAAGACCAUAGGGGCGACCGACGACAAAAAGCUGGACUUCGGCAAGUCGACCAACGGUGCAGGUCCGCCCUCCGUCAAGACUCCCAAGCGAAAGAAGGCAGAGGAAAAAGGCCAGUCUGCUGAUGAAACUGAAGGCGCCCCUGCAAAGAAGAGACGAGCUCCUCAGAAGAAGGAUGUGAAUGGGGCUAAAAAGACAGCAAGCCUUGCAAAGCGUCCAGCGAAGAAAGAAGCUCAGGCCUCAUCUGAGCCAGCGGUGAAGAAAAGCAGAGGAAGGCCUAAGAAGAACUCUUAAUCCUCUUCGCCCUCGAGUUCUAGUUGUUUCCUUUUUGUAUCUUUUAAAUUGCCUGGUCUGUAUUUGUUCUCUGUGGUUGCAUUUUCUUAAACUUUAGCAGGGUGUUGGGCACACUCUCUUGCAGUGAAAUGAUAAUAAAUAAGGGUACAAAAAAAAAAAAAAAC